AUGCCUUGUUUUAUGAAUUUGGGACCAACAGUUGAGGCUCAGAAGGAACUCUUCCUAAUCAGUUUACGUUUGCAUGUGUCAGAAGCUUGUGCGGGUUGUUCUUUUCUUAUUGCGGACAAUCAAGUUCAUUCGCUCCUCUUGAAGUCUGGUAUACCUACUGACGUGUAUCUUGUCAACCUCACUUGUAGACAUGCAUGCGCAACGGGGUACAUUGAAGAUACAUCAUGCAUUCUUGAUGCGAUGCCAAAGAAAAACACUCGUGGAAUUCAAUUGUCGGAGAAGAAAAAGAGUGGCAUUGCCCAUCCUUGA